UGCUGACCAGAAGCGCGCGAAAAUUACAUACCUUAAAAAAAGCAAACCAACGAGGAGUAAAAACAGGUAGCCUACCCUGGGGGCGGUCAGAACAGAAUUCAUAUUUCGUAGCUUGUCACCUCUUUUAUAUUGGCUGCCGCCGAAACACAUUAAACGAGGUGAAGGAAUGAAUCGCUCAAGGGAUGGGUGAAUGAAUAGCUGCACGGGAUACACCCACCUUCGCAAGUCUGAAUCUGAAGGAGCGCGAGCUGAAGAUAGUUUGCCAACAGCCGGCGAAGGAAGACACAGAGGAAGGGUCCUUUGGGAGCAAUAUUACCUGUAAACAUAUGUUUUGAAAAGGUUUUCUGAGCGCCUCUCCUAUACCAGUGUGAAGGAUGCCGGCUACAGGACUGAUGACGUGGGUAUGGAGUCAUCUACUCUGUCUGGCUCUUAUCUCUCUCUCACCUGCACCAGCUCAGGGUCAAGGUGCCACCCCACGAAGACUUCGUUUCAAAGUCCUGAGCGCAACCCAGUUGCAUGUGUCAUGGAAAGAGCCUAAAGGAGACUUUGAAAGCUACAGAUUUAUUUAUAGCACACAAUCAGAUGCAGAGGAGACUGAACUAGAUGUGUCAAAGAAGGAAGCCAAAGUGAUCAUAGACUUUGACCCCAGCAAGUUAUACACAGUCAAGGUCACUGCUGUGAAAGGUGCUCAGGAGAGCAAGCCACUUCUAGGAACAUUUGAGGCCCAACUUUCAGAGCCUGACAAUAAGAACGUACAGCCCCAGAAUGUACGACCCAAGAACCAGAAAGACACCAGUGUCACCGAGGAGAACAAUGAGAUAUCUGAAGAGCAGUUCAUGUGUAAGACCCCGGCCAUAGCGGAUAUUGUGAUCCUGGUGGACGGAUCAUGGAGUAUCGGUCGGAUAAACUUCCGUCUGGUUCGCAUGUUCCUGGAGAAUCUGGUUAGCGCCUUCCAUGUGGAGUUUGACAAGACCCGGAUAGGUCUGGCCCAGUACAGUGGUGACCCCAGGAUUGAGUGGCACCUGAACACUUUCACCACCAAAGAAGCAGUCAUCGACGCUGUGAAGAACCUGCCCUACAAAGGAGGGAACACACUGACGGGUCUUGCAUUGACGUACAUCCUUGAGAACAGUUACAAACCCGAGUCCGGAUCCAGGGCCGGUGUUCCCAAAAUUGGUAUCCUGAUCACAGAUGGGAAGUCUCAAGAUGAUGUCCAACCCCCAGCGCGGAGUCUGAGAGAGGCGGGAAUAGAGCUGUUUGCCAUUGGUGUGAAGAACGCCGAUGAGAAAGAGCUGAAGGCCAUCGGGUCGCCUCCAGAGGAGACGCACGUCUACAACGUGGCCGACUUCAGCGUCAUGAGCUCCAUCGUGGAGGGUCUGACCAGGACCGUCUGCGACCGGGUCGAACAGCUCGACAAGGCCAUCAAAGGCGACACAGGCCCAGAAGUCACCAUGGCCGCUCCCAGAGACCUGGUGACCUCGGAGGUGACGGCCAGGAGUUUCCGGGUGUCGUGGACCCACGCCCCGGGAACGGUGGAGAAAUACCGGGUGGUGUUCUACCCUGCCAGCGGGGGCCAGCCUGAGGAGAAGGUGGUGCAGGGCACAGUGGACACGGUGGUGCUCAACUACCUCCUCUCCCUGACUGAGUACCAGGUGGCCGUGUUCGCCAUUUACGCCAGCUCAGCUAGCGAGGCUCUCCGAGGCAGUGCCACCACAUUGGCCCUGCCCAUGGUGAACAACCUGGAGCUGUUUGACAUCACCCACAAUAGCAUGAGAGCCCGCUGGAGGGUCGCAGAGGGGGCUUCUGGCUACAUGAUCCUCUAUGCCCCGCUGACCGAGGGAGACGCCGCCGACGAGAAGGAGGUGAAAGUGGCUGAGACGGUGAAUGAAGUGGAACUGGAGAACCUGACUCCAGACACAGAGUACACAGUGACCGUGUACGCCAUGUACGUAGAGGAGGCCAGUGACCCUAUGACCAGUCAGGAGACCACGCUACCCCUGACCCCGGCGCGGAACCUGCACUUCUCCGACGUUGACCACAGCUCGGCCAGACUCACCUGGGAGGCGACGUCCAAGAAGGCCAAUGGCUACCGCAUCAUGUACGUCAAGACAGAUGGAGUGCAGACCAAUGAGAUGGACGUUGGCCGCAUCACCACCCUGUUGCUGAGGAACCUGACGUCAUUGACGGAGUACACGGUGGCCAUCUUUGCUAUCUAUGACGAGGGCCAGGCAGAGCCCCUAACUGACAGCUUCACCACUAAGACAGUCCCAGAGCCUCUAAACCUGAGGAGCAGUGAAGUCUCCACAGAGAGCUUCAGGGUCACCUGGGAACACUCAGCCCAAGACGUGGUCCUCUACAGACUCACCUGGAACCCAACCAGAGGAGGAGACACUAAAGAGAUGCUAGUGAAUGGUAACAUGAACAGCCACCUGCUGACUGGACUGAGGCCCAUCACUGAGUACGAAGUCUCUCUGAUUGCUGUCUUUAGAAACGAGGAGGAAAGCGACGCCGUGACCCUCACAGAGUCAACAGUGGCAAGAACAACGACUACCACAAAAGCUACUACAACCACGACUACCACAACAGCAGUUGUGCAUCUGGGUGUGAGGAACCUCCUGCUUAGUGAUCCCACCACCUUCAGCAUGGAGGUGUCCUGGGAGCUGCAGGACCGCAACGUGCGUCAGUACCGCAUUGCCUAUGUCACCGCCAGGGGCGAUCGUGACGAGGAGACGAAAAUGGUCCCCAGUGGUCAGAACAGCCUCCUGCUGCAGCCACUGCUGUCUGACACGGAGUACAAGGUGACGGUCACCCCGGUCUACACCGACGGAGACGGCCCCGGUGUCAGCCGCAUGGGACGUACCUUACCACUGUCUGCUCCUAGGAACCUGAGAGUGUCGGAGGAAUGGUACAACCGCUUCCGUAUCACCUGGAACACGCCCCCAUCCCCCACUAUGGGCUACAGGGUCGUCUACAAACCCAUCUCUGCUGCGGGACCUGCUCUGGAGACCUUUGUGGGCGAGGACGUGAACACCAUGCUGAUCCUGAACCUAAUGAGCGGUACAGAGUACGGUGUCAGGGUCAUCGCCUCCUACACCACCGGCUCCAGCGAGGCCCUCACUGGCAAGGCCAGGACAUUAUACCUGGGAGUGACCAAUCUGAACACCUACCAGGUGAGGAUGAACAGCAUGUGUGCCCAGUGGAGUCCCCACCGCCACGCCACUCUGUACCGUGUGGUCAUCGAGUCGCUGCUCAAUGGACAUAAACAGGAGGCAAGGCUGGGAGGAGGAGCCACCCGGCACUGCUUCAAUGACCUGACAGCUAACACGCAGUACAAAAUCAGUGUGUACGCCCAACUCCAGGACACAGAGGGACCUGCAGUAACCACCACAGAGAAGACCUUCCCUGUUCCCACCCCGGCACCCACCAGGCCACCCACUACAACCCCUCCUCCCACCAUACCCUCAGCCAAGGAAGUUUGCAAGGCAGCCAAGGCAGACCUGGCGUUCCUAGUGGACGGCUCCUGGAGCAUCGGGGAUGACAGCUUCCUGAAAAUCAUCCGCUUCCUGUACAGCACCACAGGAGCCCUCAACACCAUUGGACCAGAUGGCACUCAGGUGGCCAUUGUCCAGUUUAGUGACGAUGCCAGAACCGAGUUCAAACUCAACUCCUACGACAACAAGGAGAGGCUGCUAGAGGCCAUUAACCGCAUCUCCUACAAGGGAGGGAACACCAAGACAGGUCUAGCCAUCCGGCAUGUGAAAGACACCAUCUUCACGGUGGGGGGAGGGAUCCGGAGGGGUAUCCCCAAAGUACUGGUGGUUUUGACUGACGGGCGCUCUCAAGACGAUGUCAACAAGGUCUCCAAAGAGAUGCAGAUAGAAGGGUACAUUGUUUUUGCCAUUGGUUUUGCGGAUGCGGACUACGGGGAGCUGGUGAGCAUCGCCAGCAAGCCCAGCGAGAGACACGUUUUCUUUGUGGACGAUUUAGACGCCUUCAAGAAAAUUGAGGAAAAGCUGGUCACCUUUGUUUGUGAGGCUGCCACUGCCACUUGUCCUUCGGUGGCGAUGAGUGGCAGUACCUUGCCAGGUUUCAGGAUGAUGGAGAUGUUUGGCCUGGUGGAGGGUCUGUAUGGACGUGUAUCAGGAGUGUCCAUGGAGCCUGGCACCUUCAACAGCUUCCCCUGCUUCAGCCUGCACAACAACUCCCUCCUCGCCCAGCCCACCAAGUUUUUCCACCCCGAGGGCUUGCCCUCUGAUUACACCAUCACCAUGCUGUUCCGCCUGCUGCCUGAAACCCCCAAGGAGCCCUUUGCAUUGUGGGAGAUUCUCAACAAGGACAACGAGCCCCUGGUGGGCGUCAUCCUGGACAACGGUGGCAAGACCCUCACCUUCUUCAACCACGACUAUAAAGGACAGUUUCAGACUGUGACCUUCGAGGGACCUGAGAUCAAGAAGCUCUUCUAUGGCAGUUUUCACAAGCUGCAUGUGGCUAUUAGCAAGACCAGCGCCAAGGCUGUCAUCGACUGUAAGCUGGUGGGGGAAAAGGCCAUCAACGCGGCGGGCAACAUCACCACAGACGGCCUGGAGGUGCUGGGACGCAUGGUUCGCUCCCGGGGGAAGAAGGACAACUCUGCACCGUUUCAACUGCAGUCGUUUGACAUCGUCUGCAGCACGUCCUGGGCCAGCCGAGACAAGUGCUGUGAGCUUCCUGGUCUGAGGAAGGAAGAGGACUGUCCUGCCAUGCCCCGUGCCUGCACCUGCACACAGGACAGCAAAGGUCCCCCCGGCCCCACUGGACCCCCUGGUGGUCCUGGGAUCAGAGGAGGGAGAGGGGACCGUGGAGAACCAGGAGCUGUGGGGCCGAUAGGUCCAGUUGGGGACGCUGGUACUCCUGGGCUGCAGGGGCCUCCUGGCCCCCAAGGCCCCAGCGGCCGGACCAUCAUGGGCCCCCCGGGUGGUCCAGGAGAGAGAGGUGAGAAGGGUGCAGCUGGCGCUCCAGGAAUACAGGGCAUUCCUGGAUCUCCUGGGUCACCAGGUCGAGAGGGACAAACAGGAACAAGGGGACUGACUGGUAAAGAUGGACCCCAGGGGCGAACAGGACCUCCAGGGACUAUGGGCACUCCAGGAGCUCCCGGGUCACCAGGGUCAAGUGGACCUCCAGGGUCACUGGGAGACCAAGGACCUCCUGGUCCCGCCGGAAACAAAGGAGAGAAGGGAGAAAGAGGUGACCUGCAAUCCCAGGCAUCGGUCCAAGCAAUCGCCCGGCAGGUCUGUGAGCAGCUGAUACAGAGUCACAUGGCUCGCUACAACUCCAUCCUCAACCACAUCCCCAGUGCACCCGUUUCCAUCCGCACCGUUCCUGGACCCCCAGGAGAGCCCGGGCGGCAGGGCGGCCCAGGACCACAGGGAGAGCAGGGGCCCGCGGGCAGACCAGGGUUUCCCGGGUCCAAUGGAGAGAAUGGACAACCAGGAGCCAGAGGUUUGUCAGGAGAGAAGGGCGACAAGGGAAGCCCAGGUGUAGGAGUCCAGGGUCCCAGAGGCCCCAUAGGACCCCCAGGACCAACGGGUCAGGGGCGGACAGGUAGCCAGGGUCCGUCUGGUCGGCCGGGGAACCCUGGAACCCCUGGGCGGCCGGGUAUCCCUGGACCAGUGGGGUCGGCUGGGCCUCCUGGAUACUGUGACCAGAACUCUUGCGUGGGCUACAACGUAGGAGAGGGUGGUGACCCAUCUGACCGCCGCAAUCUUCCCUUAGUCCAAUUGCCCCCCAACGUCUACCAGAACUAUGACGAGCCGGAGGAGGAGGACCCCUAUAGGUACGACGUGGGGGGCUACCCCUCUGAGUACUAUCAGCCCAACUACCCGGCGCCCCGACCAGUCGCGCCCGAGGACCCUGCCCUGACCCAGGGCGACGAGGUGCUGAGGUCCCCCGGGAUCCACCGCUCCUCCAGGAGCCUGGCUGAAGAGGAGGAGGAGAAGAAAGAGGAAGAGGGGCCGGAGGAGAGGAAGAUGGUUGGACCCAUGAGGAAGGGUAGGCUCAGGAGAGCCUUGCGGAAGUCGGGGACACACGACUGAGGAGUAGGGACUGUUCAGUUAAAGGGAGAAAUAUCCAAAGGGGGUUCUAAGGACUAUCAUUAAGUGCCUGAUGUCAAUGUCAAAGGGACAUAUGGGAGGGGAAGGGUGGAGGAGGUUGGAGGAGAGAGUGGGAGGGACCAUCUUCUUCUCCUUCUCUUCUCUCUGGAAGUGUUGUGGUUGGUGGUGUAGAUAGGGUGUGUGUACUGUUGGUUCUAGUGUGGUCCGAUUUUUGUGUGUGUAAAUCGGUUACUUCAAGAGAUACAAUUGUAUUGUUGUUUUCUUUUCGUUUUCAGCAUACCACCUCUGUGAUUCAUUAAUCUAAUUUCAUGCAAUUGAUCAAUUUCCUGGUCACGGUUUACUUCAAGUGCUUGUUUAUGAUCUUAGUAAAUACUGGAAAAACAUAGGCCUACAGUGUAGUGUAGUAUAUUAUAGUUUAGUAUAUUAUAGUAGUAAUAUUUUAGUUCAAUGGUAGCUUGUAUUGCUAGGAUAUUACUCAAGAGUGGAUAGCAAGUGCUAUUUGAACAUUUUGAAAAUAUAAUUGAAUAUUAACGAUCUACUACUUGGUGAUAUUAGUAGAGAAUAUAACUACCUAUAUUGAUAACUAUCCAACUAACAUUAUAAAUAUACUCAAUAUGACCAGUUAUUCUCCAGCUGUUCAAAACUUGACAAUUAUUAUUUAUUUUGAUGAAAUGUCCCAUAUUGUAAUAUUUGCAUGUGUUUGUUUAUCAUAUAAUCAUUCCAUAUCAAUUUAUAAUGCUAUUUUGUACCCAGCCAUUGGAAACAACAUAUCAACAUAAAUAUAUGCUUUCAUAUCUUGACAGGGUCAUUCAAGCUAUCAGCCAUAUAGCCCAACUAAUACCCCCAUUGCAGUGUUACGGUACAAACAUUUUGCUCUUUGUAUUUUUACGAUACAUGUAUGUCUUUAAAGGGUGUUUGAGAAGGUGCUAAACAUGUAAUAUAACAAGAUUAUUAGUUAAAUAUGUGAAAAAUAUAUUUCUUUUUUUAAUGUAUGUUUGUUUUAUUGCAAGUGUCUCGGAAUAUGGUCUCCAGAACGGGAGCGUUCAGCCUACAGUAUUGUGAUGAGUUGUUAGGCCUGUGGUCUAUUCACCUUGCAGAGCUCCAGAGACUAACUAUGUGGAACAGGCCACUGUAGCGUCUCUCAUCAGAACACGUUUCAAUCAAGGAAGUAAUUUAUUUUUUACUUGGUAGUGAUUUUUCAAACAAUAAAAUUGAAGUACAACCAUUAUUCACAGUGGGUACUCUCAACACUG